UCAAAACGGUCGCCAAAUCUUAAGGCAGUUGUGACUGGGACUUAUCAGCUAACAAGUGUAAAAGAGAGCCAAAAAAAGAAAAAAAAUAAAAAAAAAAUUGCAAUUUUCUACAAUUCAUAAGAAAUGGCUCAGUCCUUGAUUUCUUCUGCCCAUUCUUGUUUUGUAAGGUGUCGAGUUUCAGAGGUUAAUGGCAGAACAGGCUUUCAAUCAUCCUCUUUUUCCUCUUCCAGGCUGGGGAAGACCCAAUCGAAUAAACACUCAGCUGGUUUGGUUUUGGCUUGUGUUGGAGAUUCCAGGCGUCCUUCUCCACCUGCUGCUGCUACAGGGGCUGCCACUGCUUCUACAUCAGUGAAACGAGAGUACCCUCCAGCGGUAUGGAAAGAUGACGUGAUCAAUUCUCUGAUAUCAACUUCUAAAGCUGUAGAUGUAGUAGAGCAGGAGAAAAGGGCGGAGACAUUGAUAGCGGAGAUAAAGGCCAUGUUUAAAUCAAUGGGGGAUGGUGAAACGAAUCCUUCUGCUUAUGAUACUGCCUGGGUUGCCAGAGUCCCUGCUGUGGAUGGGUCUAAUCGCCCUCAGUUUCCUCAGACGCUUCAAUGGAUUCUUCAAAACCAGUUGAGCGAUGGAUCUUGGGGCGAAGAAUUGUGCUUCUUGACAUAUGACCGUGCUCUGGCUACUCUGGCCUGUGUUAUUACGCUCACUCUCUGGAAUACAGGGGAAGAGCAAGUGAAGAAAGGUGUUGAAUUUAUAAAGAAACAUGCUGAGCGAAUGGAGGGAGAAGCAGACAAUCACCGGCCAAGUGGAUUUGAGAUUGUUUUCAUUUCAAUGCUCAAUGAAGCUAAGACUUUAGGAUUGGAUCUCCCUUAUGAUCUGCGUUUCUUUAAGCAGAUCAAUGAGAUGCGCGAGGCUAAGCUUAAAAAGAUUCCAUUGAAUGUUGUCCACGCCAUUCCAACAACAAUUCUGUACUCUUUGGAGGGGUUGCAGGAAAUAAUAGACUGGGAUAAAAUAAUGAAUCUUCAAUCCAAGGAUGGAUCCUUCCUAAGUUCCCCUGCCUCCACAGCUGCCGUGUUCAUGCGCACAGGAGACAAAAAGUGCUUAGAAUUUUUGAGCUUUGUUCUCAACAAAUUUCAAGAUCAUGCUCCUUGUCACUAUCCUCUUGAUCUCUUCGAGCGUCUGUGGGCGGUUGACACUUGUCAACGCCUGGGAAUCGACCGCCAUUUCAAGGACGAAAUCAAAGAGACUCUGGAUUACGUCUACAGAUAUUGGAACGAUAGAGGCAUCGGAUGGGCGAGAGAAAAUGCAGUUGGUGAUAUUGAUGAUACUGUCAUGGGCCUUCGCCUCCUCAGACUUAGCGGAUACAAUGUGUCUUCAGAUGCACUGAAAACAUUCAGAGACGAGAAUGGAGAGUUUUUUUGCUUCAUGGGUCAAACACAGAGAGGAGUUACAGACAUGUUAAAUGUUUAUCGGUGCUCACAAGUUGCAUAUCCAGGGGAAACAGUAAUGGAAGAAGCAAAGCUCUGUACACACCGAUACUUGACCAACGCUCUGGAAAAUGUGGGCGCUUUUGACAAGUGGGCUUUGAAAAAAGAUCUUCAAGGAGAGGUCGAAUACGUUCUAAGAUAUCCAUGGCAUAGGAGCUUGCCUAGGCUGGAAGCACGAAGCUACGUAGAACAGUAUGGCGCAAAUGAUGUGUGGCUUGGAAAGUCCAUGUACCUGAUGUAUUGCAUAAGCAAUGCGAAAUAUUUAGAGCUGGCCAAAAUAGACUUCAACCGCGUUCAAUCGACACACCAAAAGGAACUUCAGGAGCUUCAGGGGUGGUGGAAAUCUUCUGGUUUCGGAAAGCUCAAUUUCACACCCGAGCGCGUGGCCGAAAUAUAUUUUGGAGUGGCGGCGACCAUGUUUGAGCCAGAGUUUGCUACACUCAGAGCUGUUUACACCAAAACUUCAAUCUUUACUGUCAUUCUCAGCGAUCUUUAUGAAGCGCAGGGAUCAACCGACGACAUGAUGCUAUUCUCUGAUGCAGUCAAAAGAUGGGAUCUGUCACUGGUGGAUGGCAUGUCAGAAGAAAUGAAAAUCUGCUUCAAGGGCUUGUAUGAAACAGUCAAUGAAAUUGCAGAAGAAGGAAGAAAGAGGCAAGGGCGAAACGUAUUACCCUACCUUCGAAAUCUGUGGGAGAUUCAGCUAGCAUCCUACAACAAGGAAGCAAAAUGGGUUGAGGAUAAAUAUAUGCCAUCUUUCGAAGAAUACAUGGAGAAUGCCAAAGUGUCAAUGGGACCAGCUACCAUAGUUUUGACCUCGGCGCUUUUAACAGGAGAUCUUCUAUCUGAUGAGGAGCUUUCAAAAAUGGGCCAUGAUUCCAAAUUUAUCCAACUAAUGGUUUCAACUGGGCGUUUGGUCUGUGAUACCAAAACUUACCAGGAGAAACAAAAGAGAGGUCUUCCUUCAGCUAUACAAUGCUACAUGAAAGAUCAUCCUGAAAUCUCAGAGCAAGAAGCUUUAGACCAUAUCUAUUCUCUUCUGCACAAUUCCCUCCUGGAAUUGAAUUGGGAACUUGUUAACAAUCGAGAAAUGCCAGAGACUUGCAGAAGGCUGGUUUUUAACACAGCAAGAAUAAUGCAGCUGUUUUACAUGGAGGGAGAUGGUUUUAUUCUGUCCCACCUAGAAAUGCAAGAGCUUGUGAGAAAGUGCCUUUUCGAGCCUGUGGUAGUAUAGAAAUCAAUCUAGACAAAGACCACAAUAUUUUUAUAAGACAAUGUAGGCUUACAAAAUCCAUGUUGGGUUCCUCGAUAACUGCCUUUCUCCCCAAAAAAUUAUUUCUUUUUUAUUUUGAUAGGUCAGAUAUCCACCAAGUCGGUACAAAAAUAAAUGCUAAGUUGUGGGAAGACGCGUGCCACAUAUGGCCAUCACUAUGAGAGGGAUGUGGGAAGACUUUGCACACAAAUGUGGGCUGUUUUUGUUUACGUAAGCUAUGUAAAUUUCCACCACCAAGCUAAACUAGUAUAGUUUGAAUAAUUGUUAUACACUGUUCACAUCAAUAUAUUUUGGUAAACAUUUUAUAUAACUUUCUUUUAAAGCUUUUUA